UUUGGACUGGUUGGUCGGUCAAACAGACAAGUUGACUACAGUAGUAUAAAAAUAUUUUCAAUUCAAACGAACAUAUCGCAUGGUGGUACUCUUAAAUAUCCUGAUGACGAGGCUCCUGAUUAUUUUUCUAUCGUGCUUACUUAUCGGUAGUGCUGUUGAACAGUAUGAGUCACCCAAGAUUACUGAUAGCAACGAGUUUUCGCUUAUGUUUCCUAAUGAGCGAACUUCUUUGGAUGAUUGUCAUCUUCGCUUUUACAAGUUGAACCCAGACGUAGAAGUUAAGCCAGUGUUUGGUAAGCCGGUUCCGCUUAAAGAAUUCGCCCACAUGGGAGCGAUUGGGUGGACCCAGCGUAGCGGAAAUAUACUGUGGCAGUGCGGUGGAACUCUGAUUUGGGAUAACUUUGUACUGACAGCGGCACACUGUGCUGUGGAUUCAAGUAAUCAGGCUCCCGAUGUUGUGAGAUUUGGUGAUAUAAAUCUAUUCAGUUCUGACGAUGACAAGUAUGCUCAACAAUUGAAGAUUGUGAAUGUAAUUAGACAUCCGAUGCACAAGUUUUCCGCUAAUUAUCAUGACAUAGCGUUGGUGAAACUAGAGAAAAGUGUUAGAUUGCACGACACGGUGGCUCCUGCCUGUUUGUGGUUGGAUAAAGAAUUAAGGUUCCGUAAAUUGGAGGCUACCGGAUGGGGUAGAACUGGAUUUGCUCAGGAGCAGACACCCGUUUUGUUGAAAGUAACUUUGAAGCCAAUUUCAAAUGAACAAUGUAGUCAGUUCUACAGUAGCAGCAUCAACCGAAAGCUUCGAUUUGGUCUACAUGAACAGCACAUUUGUGCCGUUGACGAGAGAAUGGACACCUGCGAGGGUGAUUCUGGCGGUCCACUACAGAUUAAACUGAUGCACAAUUCCAAGGUAACCCCGUUUGUCGUCGGUAUCACCUCGUUCGGUUCUACCUGUGGGACGUCGACCCCGGGAGUGUACACCAGAGUAGCAGACUAUCAUGGUUGGAUAGUGUCUACAAUGCGGGAGAAAGGUGCAGCAGUGGAUGAGAACACUUUCAAUGCCACAUUUUGUGCUCUGCGCUAUUUAGACUACCGGGAAUAUGAAGAUGCAGUGAUUGUGAGCAAAAGUGCCGAGUUCACUUCAUACAAUUCAGCUAAUGCAAGAAUCAAUGUGCGUGGCGAUACAUCUCAGUUGGCGAAAAUCGGCUGGGAUUCGGACGGGCGAGGAAAUUGCUUUGGAGUGAUCGUAGAUGAAGAUACAGUAUUAACUAUCGCUGAUUGUACUCAUUUCAAAGGAUCGGCGCCAACGAUAUUAACGUAUGGAGGAAACAAUACUGCAGUUAUCUCCAAGAUACAUGUUCAUCCAGGAUAUAUUGAAGGAUCUGCUUAUGAUAAUAUUGCUAUCCUUAAGUUGGCGGAGCUCCUUGAUUUGCCGAUAGGAUUUCAACCAUCAUGCAUUUGGCAUGGAAACGAGAUUCCCUACACCAUUUUAAGGGUUAUGGGUUAUGGAAGAAUUGAUAUGAGCGAUUUUGCAUUGUAUAAACCGAUCCUGUUGGACCCGACCGAAACCUUUCUGCACAUCCAAGCUAGAGUAUUCAACGAAAGUAGCUGUGUGCUGCCAAAUUCGUAUUUGCGAAGUCUUCCACGAGGUUUUUCUAGGGAACAUAUUUGUGUUGGAAACGAUGUCUUUUUGGUGCCUGAAUCGUGUCGACCAAUGUUAGGUGCUUCAGUUGCAGAAACGAUGGGGAUAAAUUAUCGUAAAUAUCAUAUUACAUUCGCUCUCAACCAACAGAGUAGGGACUGUGGGUUUGGUGAGUAUAUGCUGGCCACUCGUCUAUCCAGCCAUAUAGAGUGGCUUAAAUCGGUACUGUUACCGAGCUAUCAGGAUACGAGUAGUACUUUGCGCUUCUUGGAUCCGGAUCUACAGGAAGGUAGUAGCUGUGAAAAUGAUGCUGGAUUAGAAGGUCGUUGUGUUACUCUUGCUAAUUGUUCAGUUGAGUGGCCUAAAUUCUUAGCAGAAGGAACAGCUAAGUUUUGCUCAAGUAGUAACGUUAUAUGUUGUCCAUUGACUAAUAUCAAGAAUGCGGAUAACAGUCCAAUACACUUGGAACUUCUCGAAUGUCCAAAGCUGGUAAAGCGGCUAGCAGUUGCAUAUCCUCCAGGUUCAAUGGUUAAAAUUGGAUGGAUACACGGGGAGAAGAUAGAGUUCCGAUGUUAUGGGGCUAUCAUCACCAAACUGAUAAUUAUUGUAUCGGCUAGUUGUUUGAGCGAUGGUGUUCCUCAGUUUGUGCAACUAGUGGCAAACGUGCCCAGAAAAAGCUUCGACAUAGACUCAAUUUUAUUACAUAAGGACUAUAACUCUACCGAGAACAGUAAUGAUAUAGCACUUGUCCGGCUGCGACGCCCGCUCGCCUGGAGUGAAGAUGUAUUUCCAACGUGCCUUUGGACCAACGAAUCCCAUGUGCCAUUAGUUAUGAAAGCAACUUUUGAAGGCAACAAUAAACGAAUAGGAUACGAUUUUGUGGCGCCUAUGUAUAACAGUGACUGUCAGCGCUCACACCCUCGGAAAAUCCACCGCUCGCAGAUUUGUGCAAGAUCGUAUAAGCGCAAGUCGACGUGCAUCAGUAUGAGCGAUCAGCUGCGAUGGGAUGCACCGGAUGGGGUGUCGUAUUUAGUUGGACUCAUUGCGCACGCGAGCGAUUGCGUCAACUGGCGGUACGCGGUGUUUACGAGAAUUACCUCGUUCUUGGAUUGGAUUAGUGCAGUUGCAUUUUAAUGUUGAAAUCUGUCAUGGUCAUGGAGUGAAUUCUUUUUUAUAAACACUGUAAUAAAGAAAGGGAUAGAAUCCUGAAAUCUUCAUCAAGUGGC